UGCUAUCACCUAUGCGCGCGACAACGUCACGUGAGUCCUGCAACCAUCACAGAUGAAGAUCACACCCAGGGAUAAUAUUCUAUUCCUCAACCUACAAGCGUGCACCUGAACCAAGUGUUAACUAAAUCUGACCAUCUGUAGCUAUAUCUGAAUAGUUAUCAGCAAACAAGCUCUGCGAGAGAAAAUCUGCCUACCUUGUUUGCUGUUUUAAAUCCAUUCCAUUAUGUCAGUCAGUGGACCUAACCUUUUGGACACCUUGGAAAAUAAUUCAGAGAGCACUAUAAAAGAUACUCAACACCAUCUCAGAGUAAAGCAGGCACUCCAAGACUCCAGAGCACAACCAAACGGCAACUGUAUGAUUUCUUUAACUAAAAACGAUAUCAUGGUCAAUGUGGCAGAAAAGGUGAAGGAAAUCAAUUUAUCGGAUGAUUCUGGGAUUGACAGUCCAAGUGGAGAUGUGAAUGCAGAGAUUUCAAGGAAGGUGGAGACAGAUACAUUGUCUGAUAUAAUCAUUAAAAAUGAUCAAGCUUCUGUCAAGGGGUUUGAAGAAACUGCAGUUGAUGCAACAGUAGGCGGGACCUGCAAGGCUACAGGUGACGUGCGCUUGGCUCCAGCGGAGCAGUACUGGUGUACGACAAGGGACAAGGCAGUGAAACUAAGGAUGAGUGAGUCUGGUCCAGGCUCUGAGCCUCCUCUUACCAUCCAUCAGAUGUUCCAGUGGACGGUGGACAAUUUCGGAGACCACCCGGCCCUCUGCUUCAAGAAGGAUGGCGCUUGGUCUACACUGACCUAUAAAGAGUACCACCAGCAGUGCCGAGUUGCAGCCAAGAGUUUUCUUAAGCUGGGACUGGAGCGCUUUCAUGGUGUCGGUAUUCUGGGAUUCAAUUCUCCUGAGUGGUUCAUUGCAGACAUCGGGUGCAUCAUGGCUGGAGGCCUUGGUGUUGGAAUUUACACCACCAACUCUCCAGAAGCCUGUCACUAUGUUGCUAAAAACUGCGAAGCCAACAUCAUAGUGGUUGAAAAUGACAAACAACUAGAAAAAAUCCUAGAGGUUAAAGACCAACUUCCACAUCUGAAGGCAAUUGUUCAAUACAAGGGAGAAGUAAAGAAAAAAAUGCCAGAUAUCUACACGUGGGCUGAGUUUAUGAAGGCUGGGAAGGAGAUAUCAGAUGCUCAGCUGGAUGCGGUAAUUGACAGUCAGAAGUCUAACGAAUGCUGCACACUUAUCUACACUUCAGGAACUACUGGAAACCCGAAAGGGGUCAUGCUCAGUCAUGACAAUAUCACGUGGAUUGCAAACGCAGCAGGAAAUAUGAUCAAUCUGAUGAAUGGAGAGGAUUGUCUAGUGAGUUAUCUGCCCCUCAGUCACGUGGCUGCCCAAAUGAACGACAUGUGGAUCACAAUUAGAUUUGCAGCCACCACCUAUUUUGCCCAACCAGAUGCACUGAAGGGUUCUUUGGCCAUCACAUUGAGAGAAGCACGUCCCACAACCUUCCUGGGUGUUCCACGUGUUUGGGAGAAGAUGCAGGAAGCAAUGAAAGACAUUGGUGCAAAGUCUUCAGUCAUGAAAAAGAAAAUUGCAGAUUGGGCCAAGGGUAUAGGACUUCAGGCCAGCUACAAUGCAAUGAACAAUGACCCCUCAGUUCCAUGGGGCUUCACGCUGGCUAAUGGCAUAGUCUUUAAGAGAGUACGUGCUUCUCUUGGGUUAGAUCGUUGCAAGCAGUGCUUUACAGGGGCAGCACCAAUCACCAAAGACACCCUGGAAUACUUCAUGAGUCUGAACAUCCCUAUCUUUGAGCUGUAUGGCAUGAGUGAGAGUACAGGCCCGCACACAAUGUCCUGGUCUGAAAGCUUCCGCAUUACAAGCUGUGGUACAGUGAUACCGGGCUGCAAAACAAAGCUGGACAAGCCAGAUGCAGAUGGCAAUGGGGAAGUGUGUUUCUGGGGCCGUCAUGUUUUCAUGGGCUACCUGAAUAUGUCUGAUAAAACCUCAGAGGCACUGGACUCAGAAGGCUGGCUUCAUUCAGGAGACCUGGGAAAGCAUGACACAAAUAACUUCCUUUACAUUACAGGCAGGAUAAAAGAACUAAUCAUCACUGCUGGAGGAGAGAACAUCCCACCUGUCCCCAUUGAAGACGCAGUCAAGGAGGAGCUGCCUAUCAUAAGCAAUGCCAUGCUGGUGGGAGACAAAAAGAAAUUCCUCUCCAUGCUUCUCACUCUCAAAUGUAAAAUUGAUGACAGUGGAGACCCCACAGAUGAACUGACUCCACUGGCUGUAGAGUUCUGCAGGCAUCAUGGCGUCAUGGCAAGCAAAGUGUCUGAGCUCAUCAACAAUAAAGAGCCAGCCAUUUACAAAGCCAUCCAGGAAGGCAUAGACCGAGUCAAUGGCAAAGCCAUAUCGAAUGCUCAGAAGGUCCAGAAGUGGACACUCUUAUCAAAGGACUUCUCGAUAUCAGGAGGGGAGCUUGGUCCUACUAUGAAGCUUAAAAGGCCAGUUGUCUCAAAAAUGUACAAAGAGGAAAUCGACAAGUUUUAUGAAGUAUAAGUAACUUGAUUUGAGAAUAUGGUGCGCUGGACAAAAAAAAAUCCACAUUCAUUUCUUUUUACUUCAUUAAAUAAUAUACUGGCUUUUUGUCACUCCACCAUGUAUACAAUUUACAGGAGUGCCUUUCUCACCU